AUGAACGUUGUUCUAGUCAGCUCUUUUCCCCUCCCCUCCCCCCUUAUUCUUCUGUCCUUCCUGCUUCCCAGGAGCCUCGGCAAGGCUGUGGAUCUGCCUGUAGCAGCAGUGGACUUGAACGACGUGUCGAUUGGCAAGGCUGUGGGUCUGCCUGUAGCAGCAGUGGACUUGAACGAUACAAAAGGGUUGAAAGAACUGGUGGGGAGGCACAAGGUGGUGCUGCACGUGGCUGGGCCCUUCGCAGUCACAUCCAAGCCCAUGAUUGAGGCCUGCAUCAGCACCGGCACCCACUACCUUGAUGUUACUAACGAGUUCAAGGUGAUGGAGCAUGCACGCACGUAUGAUGCCAGAGCCAAGAAGAAACAGGUCAUGGUUCUGCCUGGUGUCGGCUUUAGCGUCGUUGCGGGAGACUGCCUGGCAGGGUACUUGAAGGCCAAGCUCCCCUCAGCAACGGAGCUUCACCUCGCCACUUACAUUUCCAUUACUGCUCCUGGCGAGGGCCCUCCGUCAACCCCACCCAGCAACGACCAGUCAUCCCGCAGUGUGCUCGUAUCGGGUGCAAGGCACAGUUUGCCGCUGGGAGGGCUGGUGCGCCGGAAUGGCGCGAUUGUGAAAGAGUCCGUUGCAAAAUAUGGUCGCUCCUUCCUCAUUCGCAAGGAGCUCCCGCCUCUCUCCGCCAUCUCCUUCCCAGCAGCUGAGCUCUUCAGCACUUCUCUUUCCACCUCCAUCCCCAACAUCACAGUGAAUCCUCCUGGUGCCCUCUGCUGCUUCAAUGCCCUCUUGUGUUCCUUCCUCGUGCUGAUCCUUCGCCCCUCCACUGCUGCAGGGUCACUGCCUCAACACGGGCCAAACACGGGCAUGGCAUGUGCGGGGGAGGUGGUUGAUACUGCCAGCAACAAGAGGCACAUGGCCUCUGUGAUUGUAGGCGAAGGGUACCACUUUACGGCGAGCUGCAGUGUGGAAGUGGCACAGAGGGUGUUACAAGGGAAAUUCAAAUCCGGUUACCAGACACCAGUUACAGCAUAUGGGGCGAGCCUGGUGCAGGAGAUCCCAGGGGAGAAGGUGGAGAUAGUGGAUCUGGACAAGGGAGGGAUGUUGUUCCAGCGUUCGCGCGAAGCGGAGGAGGCGGCGCGUGUCUACGAUGAAUUCGUCGAGUCUUUCAAAGUGGAUGAUAAGAAACCGAAGGCAUUUGUGCGAGGAGGAACCAUCAACCCCAACGCCAAGCACGACACACCCGGGGAAGAACCUGGAAGCGCUUCCAAAAAGGCCACAGCGAGAUAUGUUCCGUCCUUCCUGCCGCCUCCGUCCCAAAGCCCGCUUGCGGGAAUCCUAUCCAAGGACAAGAAUGCAUUCAGCCUGGAUGAACCAGAGGCGCCAGCCGAGCCCGUUCCAAAGGCGAAGGAGCAGAAGAAGCCGCGCAACAUCGAUUUCUUCAUGCAGGAGUUGAAGCAGGAGCAGGAGCUGCGCGAGCAGAGGGAGAAGGAGCUCAAGGAGCGAGCGGAAGCGAGGGCGGCAGGCAAGCCGUAUGGCAACGAGGGGCAGCCGUCGCUGCUGGGGAGUGAGGGCACGGAUCUGCUGCAGCCGUUUCCGGACGGUGUUCGAAGGAGGCCAUCCAAGUUUGACUCAGGGCCGCCCCUCAUGGCGACGCCUCCAGGCAUCACCACCGUUUCUACAGACGAUGGGGGAGACCCCCUCACCACCAACCUUUAUGUCGGCAACCUGUCCCCCAAGGUGGACGAGAACUUUCUCCUGAGGACGUUUGGGCGGUUUGGGCCGAUCGCGAGUGUGAAGAUCAUGUGGCCGCGCACAGAGGAGGAGCACCGGCGGCAGCGCAACUGGGGGUUCGUGGCGUUCAUGAAGCGCGCCGAUGCUGCCAAGGCCAAGAACGAGAUGGACUGCAUGGUGGUGUAUGAGUACGAGAUCCGCAUAGGGUGGGGCAAGGCCGUCUCUCUGCCUGCCUCGGCCCUCCCGGCGCCUCCCCCCGGCCAGAUGGCAGUUCGCCCCAAGGAGCUGCCGCCCAACUCAGGAGAGGCCGUUGCUGCCAACAGCGCUGUUAUUGCCAACAGUGCUGACCCUCUGGCUGCUGCUGCCGCCGCUGCUGCCGCUGCGGCGGCAGCGAUCAACAUGGCUAGCUUGGGAGCAGAGAACGCUGAGGUGGUCAUCACCCCCAACGUGCCAGACAUCAAGAUCGUCCCGCCCAAGGAUCCACAUCAGCGCCACAUCAUCGACACGCUGGCGCUGUACGUGCUGGACGACGGGUGCAUGUUGGAGCAGGCCAUCAUGGAGCGCGGCCGCGGCAACCCGCUCUUCUCCUUCCUCUUCGACCUCGGCUCGCCAGAUCACACCUACUACGUCUGGCGCGUCUUCUCUUUCGCACAGGGAGAUACUUUGCAGCGGUGGCGCACGGACCCCUACAUCAUGAUCUCAGGCAGCGGCAGGUGGAUUCCUCCUCCUCUGCCCAAGACGGACGAGCUCUCAGGGCCCACCAUACUGGACAAGGACAAGGGCGGCUCCACCUACGCUGCAGGGAAGCCAAAGGAGCACUCCCUAACAGAGAAGCAGCGGGACAAGUUUGAGGACCUGCUGAGGCGGCUCUCUCUGGAGCGGGAGGACAUUUGCAAUGCCAUGGCGUUUGCUCUAGACCACGCAGAAGCAGCCACAGACAUAGUAGAAGUGCUUAUAGAGUCCCUCACGCUGCUCGAAACGCCCAUCCCCCUUAAAGUCGCGCGCCUGAUGCUUGUAUCAGAUAUCCUCCACAACUCGUCGGCGCCGGUGCGGAACGCGUCGGCCUACCGCACGGCUUUCCAGGGGUAUUUACCCGACGUAAUGGAGAGUUUUAACGACUGUUUAAGCGCGGUUUCGGGCAGGAUGACUGCGGAAGCUCUUAAGGACCGUGUGUUGAAAGUGAUUCAGGUGUGGGCCGACUGGUUUUUGUUCUCGGAAGCGUAUUUGAACGGGCUUAGAAUGACGUUUCUGAGGCCGAUUUGGACGGCUGUGCCGCCGUUUCACACUCUGCCGGAGGAUGAAGAGGAGGAGGAGGAGCAAGGCGCGGGCGGGAAUGUGGCUGGUGGGUUAAAGGAUGCGAAUCAAGGUGCGGGUGGUGCUGGUGCCGCUGCUGGUGGUGCUGCUGCUGCUGGUGCGGGCAGUGUUGGUGGUGGUGCUGACACUGCUGCUGCUUCUGCGGAAGGAUCAGCAUCGGUAGCAGCUGAGGGAGACGCAGCAGCAGCAGAUGCUUCUGUGCCAGUCUCUCCAGAGGAGGCAGCACGAAAGGAGCUCCUUGCACUCCCAUUGGUGGAACUCAAGCGUCGCUGCAAGCACAACGGCUUAUCGACGCGAGGGGGAGUGCCUAUCAUGGUGGCUCGGCUGCUUUCGUUGGAUGCGGCUGAACAGGCAAAGAAGGCUGCCGAAGCUGAGGCAGCUGCGGCGGCUGCUGCUGCGGCCGAAGCUGCAGCAGAGGCUCGGAGGGCGAGCAUUGCGAAGCGAAUGGAAGGGAGUGUGGGGUGGUCGGGAUGGGUUGAGGUGAAAAAAGAGGAGAAGGAGGGGAGCAAGGGCGAUGGGGGUGGGGAAGGGGGUAAAGCCGGUACUGCUGCUGAUAGUGGUGGUGCUGCUUUGCCCAAGAAAUUUGUCCUGCCUGCACCAGAGCUUAAAGCCUUUGGAUCGAAAUUGGAGAAGCUUGAGAAGCUGGGGCCGCUUCUGAAAUCGGUUAAGCUGAAGCUGGAAAAGAAAGCGGUCGGUCUGCCCCAGUCAAAGUGGAAUAAGGAUGAUGAGGACGAGGAUGAGGAGGGAGGAGGGAAGGGAGAGGAUGAAGAGGGGAAUGAGGAAGGGGAUGAUGAUGAGAGAGCAGGGAAGGGGAGGAAGAGGAGGGAAUCGGUGGGUGGGAGUGAUGCUGCGGUUGGUUCUCGUUCUGCUGGUGCUGCUGCUCCGUCCCCCUUUAAAGCAGCCUCAAUCGUCUCAUACAACUCCUCAGACGAAGACGAAGGCUCACCACCCCGUCGCCCCUCCGCCGCCCACCGAAACUCCGUCUCUUCUGGGGGAGGCGGUAUCCAGGGUAACAGGCAGAUGCACGUUCAGGACCAGCAGGAGGAGGAGGAGAGGAGGGCAAAGCAGAGGAAACUGGAGCUAGCAGUAUUGGAAUUCAGAGAUGCCUUAGAGGCUCAGCAUUUCAAGGCAUUCGAGGUGGAAGUGAAGGUUGCAGCGCACAGGAAGAAGCUCGAAGAGGAAAUGGCGGCUGGCACGUGGCCGCCCAUGAUUGGACGGUUGGCGUCGACUGGGCGGCAAGCGUCGGCUGCAUAUGGGGCACCACUUGGGACUCCAGGGAGGGCGAAGGAAAAGGAGAGAGAGGAGAGGGAGAAGAGUGGGGAAGGGCGGGGCUCUGGUAGUGAUGAGGGUGAUAAGGCACAGGAUAGGGAGAUGGGGAAGGGGAGGGAGGAGAGGAGUAGGAAGGAUAAGGACAAGGAGAGGGAGCGGGAGAAGGAUAGGAAAAGGGGUAGGGAGAAGGAAAGGGAGAGGGACAGGGAUUUGAAGGAAGCGGAUCGUGAGGAUAGGGAUGAUGAGAGAGUAGGUGAGAGGCAUAAGGACAGAGGUAAGGAUAGAGAGAGGGACGGGGAGAGGGAGAGGGAACGAGGUAAGGACAGAGAAAGAGAAAGGGAGAGGGAUAGGGAGAGAGGUAAGGAUAGGGAGGAGCGGGAGAGAAGUAGAGAUGGCGAGAAAGAGAGGGACAAGGAGCGAGAAGGAGACCGGGACAGGCACCGAGAUAGUCAUAGGGAUAAAGACAGGGAGAGAGACAGGGAGCGAGAUCGGGAGAGUGCGAAGGACAGGGAGCGUGAAAGAGAGAGGGAGCGUGGGAAGGAUCGUGGGAGGGUGAGAGAGAGAGAUGAGGACGAAAGGGAGAGGGAGACGGAGAAGAGGAGCCGGAGACAAUCUGUUGGAGGGUUCGCAUGCCCAUCAGUUUCCUCUCCCGUUUUCCCUCCUUCUCCCCUUCCUGUUUCUGCUGUUGCCUAUCCGGCCCUUGUAGCUGUUGCCGCCGUGGCUGCUUCUGUUGUAACCCCUGACGUCCCCGCCGGUCCCCCUGCUGCCUCUCCUGCCCCUGAUGCCCCUGCUGGUCCCCCUGCUGCCUCUCCUGCCCCUGAUGCCCCUGCUGGUCCCCCUGCUGCCUCUCCUGCCCCUGAUGCCCCUGCUGGUCCCCCUGCUGCCUCUCCUGCCCCUGAUGCCCCUGCUGGUCCCCCUGCUGCCUCUCCUGCCCCUGAUGCCCCUGCUGGCUCUGCUGCUGCCUUUCCUCAUUCCAUUUCUUCCACACCUCAAAGCUACACUUCUUCUGGCACAUAUUCAUAA